AUGGCGCCAAGUCUAGACCCUGCCAUUCUGAAGGCGCUCGGCCUAGAUGCCGAGACUACCAAGAUGAGUGCUCAUGGCGGUUCGGGGUUUGCGUCGACAUUUAAGCUCUGGGGAACCGUCGACGGGGAAGAGAAGACCUUUUUUGUCAAAACAGGAUCGGGAAAGGAUGCAGAAACAAUGUUCAAAGGAGAGCAUGCGUCCCUGAACGCUAUUCAUUCAGCCGUGCCUAAUUUUUGCCCGGCUUCGCAUGCCCACGGGGCAAUGUCCUUAGAGGGGCGAUUCUUCAUGGCGACAGAUUUUCUGGACCUCGGUGGCCGCGGUGCAUCAGGGACUGGAAAAUCAUUGGCAGCCAAGCUUGCCCAGCUUCACACAACGUCGGCGCCGGUACCGGAGGGUUUCGAUAAGCCCAUGUUUGGCUUCCCUGUGCCGACCUGCUGCGGCUCUACAGUACAGGACAACAGCUGGAAGGAGAGCUGGGCCGAUUUCUACGCCGACAAUAGGCUCCGGCACAUCCUCGCCGCCGGGAUCAGGAACAACGGGAAGGAUGCGGAGCUGGAGCGGACCGUUGAGACCGUCGCGAUCAGAGUGGUACCGCGGCUGCUGGGAGACGGACACCUCAAGGGGGUAAAGCCCGUGGUUGUGCACGGGGACCUGUGGAGUGGCAACCACGGCACUGGCAAGUUUGCUGGCGGGGACGGUGGCGUGGAGGAGGUGGUGUACGACCCGAGCUGCGUUUAUGGGCACUCUGAGUACGAGCUAGGGAUCAUGAACAUGUUUGGCGGCUUUGGUUCAAGAUUUUGGGAGGAGUACGGGAAGCUCGUGCCAAAGUCCGAACCCGUGGAGGAGUUUGAGGACAGGGUGGCGUUGUAUGAGCUGUAUCACCACCUGAAUCAUUUUGCACUCUUUGGGGGAGGGUAUCGAGGCGGUGCUAUGUCCAUCAUGAAGAAGCUCAGUUCGAAAUAUUCUUGA